UUUAUAUUGUUUUGGUGAGCUUAAUUCUAAGGUUAUUAAAAUAUCGGUAUAAAGUCAGCAAUGUUCUUCCUUGUUGAAUAUUUUUUUCUGAAGGUGGUCAGCAUCUAUUGAAGAUUCUCUGUUGCACUUGUUUUAGUGUGGCAGAGAGUUUUCUGUUUCAAGGUUUGUGGCCUGCUACGCCAGUGGAACCAACCUUGGCAUUCACCACAAGUCUGAUGGAAUUUACCCUGGCACUUGUGAUGGAAUGCCAAGUUUCCAUUUUUGAUCUUGUGAAGGCCUUAGACUUCUACUCCCACCCUCUCAUAAAGAAAAGGAAGAUAUAUGACCAAUUUAUUGACAGCUUUGAGGAAUUCAGGUAUCAUGUAAAGGCUCUCCAGUGUUUUACUGAAAAUGAGGUUUGCCCACUCAGGCGUCCAGUUUGUCCUGCUUGUCCCAAGUUCUCAGCACCUCAGACGCAGCCUGACACUUCCACUGGUGCCAGUGAAGGUAAUGAAGUUGAGCUGUUUGACAACUCCAACAAACUCGUUUGUCGGGGUGUUGUAACUGCUCAAGCCAUGGUACACGGCCGGGCACUGAAAACCGGAUGGGCCGCAGUGAUGAUACAGGAUAUCUUGUCAAAGGGAAAAGUGGAGCCAUGGCAAGAAUAUCCCACCCAUUCUGGGGAAGUAGAAGAAGGGAGUUUUGUCGCCUGGCCGACUGCUUACAUCCAACCGCGACGAGAAGCUCUGCAAACUGCCCGGCCGAAACAAAACCUUUCGGAGACGCAGGGUUUAAAGGAUGCCCUUCAUCUCGACAAGUUUGUCUCUCCCGGGACAAUAAUGUCCAGGGAUAGACAGCUACGAAGUAGAAAGUGAAAACAUUAUGAUUCCACUAUUGCGCCAUUUUACCAUAUUUGGACAUGAGAACGCGCAAAUCAUGAGCCUGUAAUGCCCCGGUUUGACUGUUUUAGAACAGAGCAAAUACGGACGGAAAGCGUAGAGCAACAAAAUGGUUGGACAAAAGGGAGCAAAAUUGACUUGUUUACGUCCUUUACGCUUGACUUUUAAGCGACGACCUUUCGACGGGAACGCAUUUUUUUAACUCAACAGAAGGAAACUUGCGAGGACAUUUAAUUCUUUUUGUUUGUGUUGUUUUCGUCAUUCGCGCACGCUUCAUAAGAUCGAUAAGAUUCUCAGGCGAUGGAGGUUGUAUUUCAAAAACUAGGUGCCAAAAUGCUAGAAAAUGGCGCAAUAAUGAAAUAAUAAAUCCCUUAUUGGAUGGUUUAACAUGUAAUACGUCCGGACAUUUAGCUCGUUUUGCUACGCAACUCGCAAAAUACCCGCGCGUAUUAUAUGUUAAACCAUCCAAUAAGGUGUAUGUAACGGUUCACUGUAAAGUUAAGCAACCACACAGAGGACGACAACGAAAAUGCAAUGUGGGAGGCUAACCUUUCCUUCUGGAAAUUUCAUUGAGACUCUUGAAACUAUUUACAUUCAUAGAAUGGUGCUGACAAAGACAUAAAGCUUUAUUUGAGGUUAUUCGUGUUGUUUCUUUGUACAGUUUAGCAGAUUGCAAAACACAUGUGCAGGUCUUUGCCCUGCAGUGUUCUUCCUCCCCUUCUCUUAAGCGAUGUUCUCGUUGCCAACGCUGUUGUGGUUGCGUAAAUUCCCUAUUGUAAAGAAAAAAUGCAGUUUGCAUGGAAUGAGAUAACCAAAGUUGUAAUUCAUAAGUCUGUUUAUCGUUUCCUUUUCUCAUGAUUCUGUGUUCUCUUAGUCGAUACUAAUCUGUUACAUCUUGCUGACUUAUAUUCUAUUUUAAAUACAAAAUCAUGAUUAGGAUAGGAACGAAGGAUCCUCCACUGUCACUUGCUACUACACACUCUAAUAAAUCACUGUACAUAUCAAUAAAUAGGAUAGCCGAGAUAUAUUAAAAUGAACUUAUUGA